GUUUUAGUUUUAACCUGAGGGGGGCAGCAGCGUGUCGCGAAGUAUCCGGUCUGCUGGAAACCCUGAACAAGAAGAAGAGGACGUGAGUAUAAUCUGUCGCCAUUUGCCAGAGGAAGGAAACGCCUUGAAGAGGGAAGGAAACAUAUUUGGCUGUGUACAUUUUUGCCAAAGAAAGUUCUCAUUUCCAGCCGCCAUGGGGAAUGCGUUUGCACAGCUGUUUAAAGGGUGGGGGAGGAAGGAGAUGAGGAUCCUCAUGGUGGGUCUGGAUGCUGCCGGAAAAACAACUAUUCUGUACAAGCUCAAACUUGGAGAGAUUGUGACUACCAUUCCUACAAUAGGUUUUAAUGUGGAGACAGUGGAGCACAAGAACAUCAAUUUCACAGUAUGGGAUGUCGGUGGUCAAGACAAAAUUCGACCACUGUGGCGUCAUUACUUCCAGAACACACAGGGCCUCAUCUUUGUUGUGGACAGCAAUGACAGAGAGCGAUGCACGGAGGCUCGGGAAGAGCUCCACCGAAUGUUGAGCGAGAAUGAACUCCAAGAUGCUGUGAUCUUAGUCUUUGCUAACAAACAAGACCUUCCAAAUGCAAUGAGCGCUGCAGAAAUCAUGGACAAGAUGAGUCUUCACUCCCUAAGCAGCAGACGCUGGUACAUCCAGGCAACCUGUGCCAACACUGGAGAUGGUCUCUAUGAAGGACUGGACUGGCUGUCUAAUCAGCUCAAGAGCCAUUAAUAAUCACAGCCAUCCAAAAUGUAUCCACCCCACCCAAUCAAUGACCAUACUCUCUACUCUUAAGGUGCUUCAAAACCGAGCUACCUUGACCAAAGCACCACUGCUCUUUUCUCAACUAUUAUUACCACAAACAAACAGGCAAGUGGUGGGGUUGAUCUAUUCUUGUCUAUCCAUCCAAUAUCUAUACCGCUUUAUCCAUUAAGGGUCAAGCCAAUCCUAGCUGACAUUGGGCGAGAGGCGGGGUUCACCCUGAAUAGGUUGCCAACGUAUCGCAGGACCAACAUACAGAGACACAUAACCAUUCACCAGGAUGCCUUCUUGCUGUGAGGCCCAUCUAUUCUUGUAUAAAUGUUUUUUUUAUUUCAUGUAAUUGUAAAUAUAUUUUUGCAAUGGGGCAGCUUAUUGCACUCUUACAGAUGCUGCUGGCGUUAUUUUUGUCUUUCUAGCUGUUAGGCAGCUAAUCGUGCAUUGAAUAAGAAAUGGGAGACAAAUUGAGCGGCACAUGUUGGCCCCAGCACCUCAGUGCAAUCUGAUGACUUACUAUCUUGUCACAUGUACUGUACGGAGUGAUCCACGAGGGACUUUUAACUUUCAAAAAAAACUAAUUUAUACGCCGAUGCACUUCUUACAGCUACAAUGGUAACUCGAACCAGUGACAUGUACCAUCUCUUCAGAUUGCCAUUUAGUCAACACUGUUCUAUCUACACUCCUAACUGAUGUCACUGUCCAAAUUGAGAACUCCUUUUCUGUGAACACUAAGGCCAGUGAGUGUGACAGUGUCUUGGCUUAGAUUGAGCAAUGAUCUCAUUUUUAUUCCUGCUUUACGGUUGUAAUAAGGGCAGGUUGUUGUUGUGUCCCUGUUGGGUUUUUGUAUUUCUGAGUCUCAGGUUGAUCACAUGCUGCCUUUGUAAUAUACUUGUGAGUAAACCUGCAUGAUGUGGUCUGUUGGUCUUAAAGGGCAUACAUACUUACAUGGUGUUUACAUCAGUGGACUGCACAGGAACUGUUACCCCACUGAGAACAUGUCUCCACAGCCCUGUGCUGAGCUACAUGUAACCAAAGGAGUUGCACACUAUAGCGCCCAGAGUAUCUUCAUGAGCAAGUAUUUGCCUUUUUUUUAAAAAAAAAAAAGAUUAUUACAAGGGAAAUGGUAUUUCCAUGGCAUUUCAAAACAUUUGUUUCAACUAAACGUUCUGUUGUGUAUAUUGUCUUUGGGAUAAAUGGGAAGUCAUACAUGCGGAUUUUUACCCUUGAUGCACGUUGCCUCGUAUUUUCAUGCUUCUUUCUUCUAAAGGUUCUGGGUGUCACGAAGAUGUUCUGAAAAGUGCUCUGGGUUGCAUUAAACAUUUUAAAAUUAUAAUUCCCUAAAUGUUGGAAAACUGUUAAACUCUAAGAUUGUCUGUUUUAUGUAAUACUUUUGUUUUGUGAGGGGGGCACUGUAAAUAAUGUCUUCUUAAACUUACAGAAGAGAAAUGUUUAUAGCUGAUGUGGGUUUCAUGGUUUCAAUUUUCUAUGCAAUAAAUUUUCUGAAUUUUAA